CAUGUGGUUCCAGGUGUUUUCGUUUAGUAUACUAAGAAUCCGUAUCUGGUUUUUAAUAUAACAUAUUUCUUGUCAUUAGGUUAAACAGUCAUUGGUUUGGUAACUUUAUUUUGGUGCGCUUGUGUUUAGAAGUGAAUCCUGUUGUUGGCGGUAAUGGACCACAAUGCUGUGGACCAGUAGAUAAACACGGAACGCAAAUGCGGCAUAUUGUUGAAUUGCAUUGUUCCAGCUAGUACAAUGUCGUCUGAUAGCAACCAUUGCUCGUGUUGCUCCCAUCCAGUCUCAUCUCCUAGUGUUUACCAGACGUUGAAUGAAAUGGAUUUUGAACGAGGUAUCUGGUCUGCUGCAAUGGAUGGGGACUUGGAGAGGGUCAAGUCCUUGGUCGAGAAGGGCACAGACCCUAACCUGAGAGACUCAUCUGGAUACGCUGCUCUGCACUAUGCAAGUCGCAGUGGUCACCUUGCUGUAUGCAAGUUUCUUCUUGAGAAUGGGGCCUGUGCAUCCCCUCAGACACCAGGAGGUGCCACACCACUCCAUCGCUCAGCAUACUGCGGCCAUGUGGAUGUGGUUAGACUCCUUCUGCACCACAGGGCAGAUCCAAUAUUCUGUGAUGAUGAUGGUGCAUCCCCUUUACAUAAGGCUGCAGAAAUGGGUCAUGAAAAGGUGUGUCAGCUGCUUCUUGAGCUCUGUCCAGCACUCUGCAACCAGGUGAACAAGAGGCUACAGCUGCCCUAUCAGCUGGCACGGCAGGGGGAUCUGCAGGAGCUCUUAAAACCACCUCGGUGAUGACAGACACACUGCAUCUGGGGCAUAAUAAGUCUCUAAGAUCAGACAAAUAGUAGAAGCUCAAAACAUAAGUCAUAAGUGUUUUGACCUAGACUUACUAUAUUUGGCAUCUUCUGUCUCAACUGAACAUCAACAAAGACCCACUGAAUAAAUAACAAGGUGAACACAA